AUGGAUCCAGAGAAGAGCGGCCUUCCGCCUUACAGCGAUGAUCCGUCAUUUACGGGCUCGCGGCGUUCGGCACCCCGUCGCCAUCACCACCACAUGCGCUCGAAGCGAUGGUUGCGGCCCAGCCGUAGCAUGAAGCUUAUCGUGUUGGCGCUCGGCUUCAUCGCAUUCGCUCAAUGGAAGCAACUCUCCUUCCUGCCUACCAGCAAGCCAUCCAGCAAUCUCUCAGCUGCACGCCUGCAGCAAGAUCUCGCGACGUGUGCCAAGCUCCGGCACAAGCCCCAGGACCCAAUCGGCCUCGGUCGCGAGAAGAACGCACGAUACGUCGACGGUCAGAAGCCUACUCUCAUCCGGAAUGCCACCAUCUGGGUGGGCGAGCCCGCCGAGGGAACUUCCCCCGAAGACGACCGCGCCGGCAAGGGCUACUCCUGGGUCACCGCCGAUGUUCUCGUUAACUACGGUCUGAUCCAAAAGGUAGAGGCCGACAUCUCGCUCGACUCCCUGCCUAAAGACACCCAGAUCUGGGAUGCCAAGGGCCGACAGCUGACCAGCGGCAUUAUCGACAUGCACUCACACGCUGGUGUUGGAGCUCUGCCCGAGCUCAACGGCAACCAGGACGUUAACGAAAUGUCCAACGACAUCACGCCGUACGUGCGCUCCAUCGAUGGCCUCAACCCCCUCGACCCGCAGAUCCAGGUCAUCAAGUCUGGCGGCGUCACGACCUCGCUGGUUCUGCCCGGCUCUGGCAACAACAUCGGCGGCGAGGCCUACGUUAUCAAGCACGCCGUCGGCAAGCCUGACGGCCGCACCGAGUUUUCGGCGGAGGACAUGCUGGCCGAUCCCGACCGUAACUGGCGCUACAUGAAGAUGGCUUGCGGAGAGAAUGCGAAGCGUGUCUAUGGAAAGGUCGGCCACAGUCCCUUUUCUCGUCUUGGCGAGAGCUGGGAGUUCCGCCACGCCUUUGAGCAGGCCGCGAAGCUUGUCCGCGACCAGGACGACUGGUGUGACGCCGCUGAAAAGCUCGGCGUUGAGUCCCAGGGCUCUUACCUGCCUCAGGACCUGAAGUGGGAGAGUCUCAGCGCUGCGCUCCGCGGCCAAGUGCACAUCAACACGCAUUGCUACACGAUUCCCGAUUUGGAGGCGUUCGUUGACCACACGAACGAGUUCAAGUUUCCUGUGCGGGCCUUCCACCAUGCCCACCAGACCUACCUUGUUCCCGAGAUCCUGAAGCGAACUUGGGGAGGCCGAGCGCCUGCCUCGGCGCUGUUUGCCGACAACAUGUACUACAAGUCUGAGUCCUAUGUUGCUUCUGAGUAUGCCGGCAAGAUCCUUUGGGAGAACGGCCUCACCCCCGUCUACGUCAGUGACAACCCGGUCUUGAACGCUCAACACGUUCUCUUCGAGGCCGCGAAGGCUUACAAGUACGGCCUGCCAUACCAUGCAGCCCUUGCCAGUGUGACGUCUGCUCCCGCCGAGCUCCUGGGUCUAGGCCAGAGAAUCGGCAAGAUCAAGCCCGGUUUUGACGCAGAUAUUGCCGUGUGGGACAGUGAUCCUCUCAGCGUUGGAGCCGCGCCCGUGCAGGUCUGGAUCGACGGAGCAUCGCAGUUUUCUGAUCCUUUCGAGCUCGACAAGCCUCUCACCGGCCCCAUCUCUCCUGACCCAGAGCUGGCAAAGAUCGCGGAGGACACUGCCGACCUCAAGGACGUGGUCUUCACCGGAGUUGCUAACGUCUGGCUGUCCGGCGAGGAGAAGACAUACAGUGAUGAGUCGGUCAAUGUCGUCGUCUCCAACGGCGCCAUCAAGUGCAUCGGUGCUUGUGCUGAAGAGGUCGCCGCUGCCAAGUCAUCGUCGCAGAAGAUCGUUGACUUGAAGAAUGGCUACGUCACUGAGUCUUUCACCGCCUUCGGUUCCAGCAUUGGCCUCAACGAGAUCGACGGCGAGAGAGACACAGACAAUGGCAACAGCCCCGGAUUCAGUCGCGGCCUCGACGGGCUUGUUCUGGACAACAAGAAGCUCCACGUCGCACUCCGUUACGGCGUCACCAAGGCCAUCUCAGCCCCCAAGUUCGCCGGUCAAGCGACCCACUCCGGAACGAGUGUUGGAUUCAAUACGGGUGCUCUGCAUGCCCUCGAGAAGGACGCUGUCUGGACCGAGGAUGUCGCGCUCCAUCGCACUCUGACCCUCGACGCCAAGAGGGGCGAGAGCCCUUCCAUCUCUGGCGCGAUCGGUGCACUUCGUCACACUCUGUUGGAAGCAGUGGCUUCCAACGAUACCGGCUCAGACCCGUUCUCAGAGGCCGUCUACCUCAAGAAGGUGGUCGACGGAGAGCUGCCCUUGGUCCUGACGAUCCACAGCGCCGACGCCAUCGUUGCGGCGCUGAGGGUCAAAUCCGCGGUCGAGGAGGCUUUGGCUGCCAAGAGCCAGACCUCAGCAUCACCAAAGCUCAAGGUCGCCAUCAUCGGCGGCGCGGAGUCGCAUUUGGUUGCCUCUGAACUGGCCGAAGCUGGUGUGGGUGUCGUUCUGUCGCCGUUCCAGUCCUACUCGACCACCUGGGACCAGAGGCGUUCUCUCACCGGUGCACCGCUCACGAAUGGCACUGCGAUUGACACUUUGCUCGAUGCAGGCGUCGUGGCUGCGAUCGGUCUGGAGGAGGACUGGCUAAUUCGCGACCUGGGCUUGCUGGCGGGCAUCGCGUACAAGAACGGAGGCAGCCGGCUCAGCCAGAAGAAGGCGCUGGACUUGGUUUCCAGCAACGUCUACAAGAUUCUGGGCAUCGAGGAGCCGCAGGCGAGGGAGUCUCGCCACUUUGUCGUGUACGAGGGCAGCCCCUUGGAGAUUGAGGGAAGAGUUCGGGCGGUUGGCAGUGGCCGUGACGCCGUGUCGGUUUUCGUGUUUGCCUCGGCAUCAUCUAUCCUUAAGUCAGCAAGAAAGUUCACAACGUCUACACACAAUAUGACACGCGCAGCAGUGGUUUGCGUCUCACACGGUGGAGGCCCCAUGCCCAUCCUCGGGGACCCCGGACACGCUUCAGUCACAGCAUCACUCAAGAACCGCGUGCCCAAGAUCUUCAAGCUCAACACCCCUGACGCCCCCAAAGCAAUUCUUGUUGUUACCGCACACUGGUCUGAAAGCAGGCCGACCAUCUCAUCGGCCGCCAGUCACGGCCUGUACUACGACUAUGGCGGUUUCCCCAGGGAAGCCUACUCGCUCAAGUACCCGGCUCCCGGAUCACCAGAGAUCGCCCAGGAGGUGAAGCAGGCGUUUGAAAAGGAGGGUCUAUCACCAGAACUCGACUCACGACGUGGUUGGGAUCACGGCGUGUUCGUCCCCAUGCUCCUUGUCAACCCCGCCGCCAACGUCCCCGUCAUCCAACUCUCCGUCCUCGAAUCAGAGGAUCCCGAAGAGCACUUCAAAAUGGGCCGUGCUCUCUCCGCGCUGAGAGACUCCAACAUUGCCAUCCUGGGCUCCGGCUUCGCCUCCAUCCACAACCUGUACAAGAUGCGCUCCCUCUUCAUGGGAGACCCCAGCGGGGUUGCCAAACUAAGAAAGCAGGUCAGCGAGUUCGACAAGGAGCUCACGAGCGCCGUCCUCCAGGAGAAGAGGGAGGACAGGACAAAGGCCCUGUCGGGCUGGCGCAAGUUCAACCACAGCUACGACAUGCACCCGCGCGGUGGUGCCGAGCACUUCCUGCCGCUGUUGGUAUGCGCCGCGGCCGCCGAGGACGAGGUUGCAGGGGUGUACAAGGACGAAUGGAUGGGAGUCGACAUCAAGACGUAUUACUGGGGAGAUGUACGUGUCUGA